UUCGUUCGGAAUCGUUCGUUGUUUGUCGUUCGUUCGUCCCUCGCCUCGCCUCGUCCGCCGGGAAACAGAAGAAAUCAUUCGUUUUUCGUUUAUUGCGUGCGUUUCGCUUGUUCCGUAGCCUAGUGCCUAGCUCGCUCGCUUUGUAUUGUGUGUAUCGUAAUAAAUGUAGUGUUUUAAUGUAAAAUAUCUUCUCUAAGACUUAUGCUGAGUUUUGCUAAUCGUGAAAUAUUAACAAUGUAUGUGCGUAUAAACAGUAUGGGCAUGAUAUUCAUGCAAUAGUGCAACAGGCUAUCGGAAGCCAAAAGCCCGUCAAAACCAGGAGAAUAUUGUGAUUCCAAAAUGCCAGAUUCGGAGUGCGAGUGUGACUUGGUGUCGAAGGAGUGGCUUCUAGCUAAGCUUCGUUCGGAUGAAAGGGAUACUGUUCUCAUUGAUUGUAGGGGGUCGAACGAUUAUUCAGUUUCCCACAUUCGAUCUGCAGUAAAUUUUUCGAUACCCAGUAUAAUGCUGCGGCGACUGGCCGCUGGGAAGAUAGAGUUAGCGUCUACAGUGCAGUGUAAAGAACUGAAGGCGAGGAUCGUCCAUUGUCGUACGCGCGGGAUGUUUGUGCUGUACGGGGAUGGGGCGUCCAGAGACCCGGACUCCGUGCAUGGCAUCCUGUUGAAGAGGCUCAAGCAGGAUGGCGUGCAGGUCGUCUGUCUCGAAGGCGAGUUCGAGGACUUCCACCGGAGCUAUCCCGAGUGGUGCAGCGAAGCGGGCGCGCAGCACGUCCCCCACCUCCCCCUCAUGGGACUCCGUUCCCUCCGCAUCUCGGGGUCUGGCUGCGACGACGCGUUGUCCUCAGGCUCGUCUUCAGAAUGCGAGGAGACGCACACCCACCAGCAGGAGUUCCCCAUCGAGAUCCUGCCCAACCUGUACCUCGGCAACUCUACCAAUAGCGAGGACUGUGACGCUCUGGCCAGACACAAUAUAAAGUACGUGCUAAACGUGACACCGGACCUGCCUAACACGUUCGAAGCGGAGGGUUGCGGUAUCAACUACCUGAAGAUACCCAUCGCGGACCACUGGAGCCAAAACCUCGCGGUACACUUCCCACAGGCCAUACGGUUUAUAGAGGAGGCGAUGUCGGCGCGCUGCGGCGUGCUGGUGCACUGCGUGGCGGGCGUGUCGCGGUCGGUGACGGUGACGCUGGCGUACCUCAUGCAGCGCCACCGCCUCAGUCUGCGCGACGCCUUCGAGCUGGUGCGCAGCCGCAAGGCCGACAUCGCGCCCAACUUCCACUUCCUGCGGCAGCUGCACGGCUUCGAGCGCGACCUCGGCCUGCACGAGCGCAGCGCCAGCCUGAGUAAGGUGUUGGAGGAACUGGGCGUCCGUGAGCAGGCGGCGGGCGCGGCGGCGGCGGGCGGGGCAGCGGCGGGCGGGUGCGGGUGCGCGGCGGUCGCGGUGGGCGUGUCCCCAGACUCGGGCAUAGAGUUCGACCGCUGGUCGGCGCGCCGCGACACGCCACAAUGACAGUUCUUCACGCCGCCGCCGCCGCCCUCCUAGGUGCCCCGUCUGCUGCUGCCUCCGGCGCGACAUUGUCCACAUCCACAAUCAUUACUUCAGAUAUUGCGAGCUAACGGCGUGGCCGAGUAGGAACCAUCUAUAAGGAACUAUUUAAGGUCAUACAACAGACAGGUCAGACACCGCUCCUAACUGGGAAAAUUAUGUUCAUUGAAAUGUGAGCUUUAGAGGGUUGUCUGAUGAUAUUUUUUCAUUUUAUUACUCUUUAAUAAAUUUACAGUCCGCUCGUUGUUAUCCAUGUGAAGUAUGUCCACAGAGAACGCCCGAAACUAUCUUUUCACUGAACUAUAUGUGCCAAGUAAGAGCGGUGUCGUAUAUAUGACCUUUAAAUGGUAAUUCGUCUCGCUCGCAAUAUCUGAACCUAAAUCCGAGUUCAAUUGACAGAUUGAAAAGACAUCAAAUACUGUAUCUAUUCCGCCAAUAAAAAAUCUAGCGAAAACUGAAUUAUUUAUAGUCGUUUCAAUCUGUCAAUUGACUCCGUUUCAUUUCAAUAGUCGACGACAUCUUGCACCAUACAAGCAUGAAAAAAACCCUCAAUAUAAUUUGAGAAAAACACUGUUAACUUAUGGAUGUAACCAUAUUUGUAAUUGUUAUAUUUUUGUAUAAAUGCCAUAUAUAAAAAAAAACACACAAAAUUAUGUAUCUACUGUG